UGGGUGGUGAAGGUCAAGGAAGAAUCAUUAGAGGACAGAGUGUAAAGAAAUUCCAUGAGAAUUUUCCUCUUGCUUCCCAGCUGUCUUUAUUUGUGUCUUUUGAUCUCUAGAAGCAACUGCAAAGGAAAGAACUCCUGACAACACCUAUUCAGACGUAUAUAUAUGGUCAGCAUCAUGAAGUUCUGGAUACCUCUCCUCAUGAUGUUCCUCUGUAUGGUACUACUGUCUGUGCUGGGAGGAGUGAAGGAAAGAUAUAGCAGCAGGAGGGAAUUGCUCCUUCAGGAGUGCUGGGGACAGCCAACCAUCCGAGAAUGUAACAACAGGUGUUCUAGAAAUUUUAGAUGUGUAAAAAUAAAUCACACGUGCUGCUGGACCUACUGUGGAAACAUCUGCUGGGAAAAUACACUAAUCACUGAAGAAGCUAAAAGCCUAGCCUCCCACUGA